GUUUUUAUUUUUAUUUUUCCUACGGGUUUAAUAAUUUGAUUUAUAAAUCGUGCAUCGCACGGGCACUAUGCUAGUUGUACUAUAUAGGUAUAGUAUCAAAUUAUCAAUUGCCACAUGUUCAGUAAUCCCAAUACAUACCAUUUUGUAGAUCCGUACAACAUCACACUACUACAUUUUUGAUCAAAUGCCACGGCCUAAUAAAGGCUAUUGCAACGGUAUUUUAAUUGCCGUUGCAAUAGAGUAGGUUAAUGCGUUUUAAUGUGUGAGAAGUAGAGCUAUUACCACGGCUUUAAUGAACCGUUGCAUCAGCCUAGAUAUUUCAACAAAAAGGAAAGCUAUUGCAACGGUUUGUGAUUAUAGUAAUGGAAAUAGUACGUAUAGCAGGCGCGCUGAAAAUUUCAUCUUCCCUCUACUUUUUUGCCCAAAUAUUUUGAACCCUUAUUUUCUCUCUACUGUACUCUCCGUAUACUUUCCCCAUUUUUCUGAUUUCUCUAUUUUUCUGUUCGAAUUCACCAUUUCCCCCAUUUUUCCAUUUCCCCCAAUCCUCCAUUUCCCCCAAUUCUAUUAAGCUAUUUUAAUUAGCAAUUCCAAAAACUUUAAAUUCUCAAUUUUCCCCAAAUCUCCGAUUUUAAGGCCAUAAAAUACUCAAAAAUUACUUACAAUUUCUUGAAAAUUCUGAGAGGAAAACUUAGUGAAGUAGAGGAAGGCGGAACUCAAGAGGUGGUGUAAUUCAAGUGACGUUUGGUUGCUCAAGAGGCGGCGUAAUUCAAGUGGAGAAGUUCCAUUUUCGUUUUGCAUGUCCCUGUUGCUGAUAUCUCGACUUUGAGUUCAAGAUGAAACCGAGUAGACCCAAAGUUCCUACUUCCCAAAGUCAGAUAACUGAAUAUGAGUUGCAACGGCUUCAAAAACUGAAAUUCAAUGCAGAGAGAAUGGAAGCCCGAGGAUCAGCAUCUGUAGCUAAUAAGAUACUGGAAGAAAAAACAAAAGCCUUAAUUUGUCCAAGUGCAAGGCAAAAACGUAUACCAGAAAAUGAAGAUGAUGACUCUACGUCGGAAUACGAUGGUGAAAAUGAGGUUGAAACUGAUGACAUUAUGGAAGGUGACAAUGUCACUUCUGGAAAAAGAAAAUCUAGUAAGCAGGUUUCAAAGCAAGUAAAGAAGUCAUCAUUUCGCCCUAAAACUAUGGCUGAUGUUGUGGAAGUGAAUAGCCAUAAGAAGCAUGCAGUUGAUGAAGUUCAGAACACUUACUCAAUUGAGGUUGCUAGUGUUAAAGAUCAACGCAUCCAAAAGAAGCAGCAAGUUAUCUCAGAAAAGAAGGGAACAAAACGAGCGUUCUGUUCUCCUGGUUCUAUGUCAGCGUACCUUGAGUUCCGGAAAAGGAAAAAAGAAAAUAAUGAUGGGUUUGUAUCAGGUACUCAAUCUUUUAAUAAUUCUCUGACAAGAAAAGCAAUGAAUAAUGGCGCUGCAUUUAAUGAGAAUACCAAUGGUGAUGCUGAUGUACUAAGUGAGAAUGAGGAAGUGGAUGCACUAAAUGAGAAUGAUGAUGGUGUUGGUAAUGAAUAUGAGGGUGAUAAAGGAUUACAAGAUGAAGUUCAAUUUCAGUUUGGAAGCGAAGGAAUGCAAGAACCUCCUGAUUUAGAACCUAAAAAAGCUCCUAAAAGCAAAAGGCAUCGAGGUCCAACAAUGCUACCCAAGGUACAUGCACGAACAAGAGAAGAGCGUGAAGUUAUUGUUUUAAACUCAUCGGGCCAACCAAUUGGACCUACACGUGAAAUUGUUCAGGAGUUCAAGCAAUUCUUGGGUACUGUGGCAAGGGAUUCUGAACUUGCACCACUAAAUUACAUUAAGUUUCCAUGUCUACCCACACUUGACAAAAUGUGGGAGUAUGUCCAAGAAAAGUAUAUGGUUCCUGAAGCUGGAAGAGAAUGGGUGAUGCAAGCUAUCAAUGGAAGCUGGAAAGCUCAUUAAUGCUUGACUAAGAAGAACUACUUCUAUGCAUAUCCCACUGAUGCUUUAAGAUGGUUUCAUAAGCCAGACACAAUUUCAGAACCUCAAUUUAGAGAGCUUUUGCAAUAUUGGCAUUCUAAAGAGGUCGAGGAAAUCAGUAAGAUCAACAAAGACAAUCGCCUAAUUUUAGAUGACAUGCACACUAUGGGCCGUAACUCUUACGCAAUUUUACGGCAUGAGUUG